AGCCCAGUAGAGGCUGUGGAGAAGUGCGGUCCAGAAGCCUGGUCCCCAGCCCUGCGGCCCAUCCUUGGCCGCAGGGAGCGGAAGCUCCCACGAGGUAGCGGCGGCCUGCAGCGGCCCCCUCGCGGCAGUGAACCAUGGGCCAGAAGCUCUCAGGGAGCCUCAAGUCGGUGGAGGUGAGAGAGCCGGGGCUGCGGCCAGCCAAGCUGGAGCUGCGGGGAACGGAGCCCGGGCGGCCGGCGCGGCUGGACCAGCUGCUGGACAUGCCUGCUGCGGGGCUGGCGGCUCAGCUGCGCCACGCCUGGAACCCUGAGGACCGCUCGCUCAACGUCUUCGUCAAGGAUGACGACCGGCUCACCUUCCACCGGCACCCCGUGGCCCAGAGCACCGACGGCAUCCGCGGCAAGGUGGGCCAUGCCCGCGGCCUGCACGCCUGGCAGAUCAGCUGGCCGGCCCGGCAGCGUGGCACCCACGCCGUAGUUGGUGUGGCCACGGCUCGGGCACCCCUUCACUCUGUGGGCUACACGGCUCUGGUGGGCAGUGACGCCGAGUCGUGGGGCUGGGACCUGGGGCGCAGCCGCCUCUACCACGACGGCAAGAACCAGCCCGGGGUGGCCUACCCAGCCUUCCUGGGGCCUGAGGAGGCCUUCGCACUGCCGGACUCGCUGCUGGUGGUGCUGGACAUGGAUGAGGGCACGCUCAGCUUCGUCGUGGACGGCCAGUACCUGGGCGUGGCCUUCCGUGGCCUCAAGGGCAAGAAGCUGUACCCGGUGGUUAGCGCGGUGUGGGGCCACUGUGAGGUCACCAUGCGCUACGUCAAUGGCCUUGACCCUGAGCCCCUGCCACUGACGGACCUGUGCCGGAGAUCCAUCCGCUUGGCCCUGGGCCGCCAGCGCCUACGGGACAUCGGCUCCCUGCCCCUGCCUCAAUCUCUCAAAAACUAUCUGCAGUACCAGUGAGCCAGGGGCUGGGAGCAGCAGUGGGCUCCCACCGCAGGGCCCAGGCUGUCAUCUCAUGGUCACACAGUACGUUCAGGAAGGGGUCUUCGUCCUCACCCCACUUGCCCAGGACAUGCCGUUCGUUUAGAGACCAGGACGUGUUCCCAACUUUGAAAAUGAAAUGUCUGUUGCCAAUAGUAUUUGCUGCCUUGAGAGCAGUCCUCGCAGGUCAGACAUCUCCUGGGAAGCCGCGCAGAGCCUGGAGCCCACUCCCUGGACACAGGGGCCACCAGUAUUGAUCAGAGAGCCUGUUUCCUUAUUCAGGGGGAUGAAUAAAACAUCUGGGCAGGAGACUUUCUGUUGUGUGCCCUGGCGCAGAAAGAGCCAGGGGAAACCCGGCGGCUCUGGGAGAAAACUGCCUCUGCGUAAUGAGCGGUGAAAGCAGCUCGGUGCCAGCGGCCCCCUGGGCACCCGCCCCUGCAGCACGAUUGCCCUGACCCUUUAGGACUUUGUUGCUUUGAGAAACUGUUGCCCAGGGAUGCCCAACUGCGGAAUUGGCACGUAGACAAAGCAGUGUUUAGACACCUUCCAGCUGACCUCUUUGAACAUUGUGACUCCUUUCCGUGCUCUGCCUCCCCACCUUCCCUGCUGGUGAUCCACAGUUGUCCAGAUGCCCCAGGCACCUCUAUUCAGGGAAGCUCAAUCUGGCUAAUUGACGCCAGGGACAGUGUAUCCUUUAUUAUUAUUAUUAUUACUUUAAAUAAUGUUGCAUUUUGAAAGAGUGUGGAGAGGGCAGUACUUAGUCCAAAGGUGCUAAUGGGGGAACAUGGGGCACGUGACACUCGUGGAUGACGGUCUGGAGCUGGGGAGCCUUUCUGGGGUGCUGAGGGUCUCCAGGAACCACCCAUUCAGGAUGCAGCCUGGCUGCCACAAAGCUUUAUUUGAGCAAAUUAUUUUUUCACUGUAGGAGACUUGUAGGAGUCUGUUUCUGUUUCAAAUGUGUGUAUAUGAUGUGCUGUUCAUUUAUCAGCUUGGGGCCAUGGGGCAGCCUUGGAACCGGGAGGGUGGAUAUGGGAGGCCCCCCGUCUGCAUGCUCCAAGCCUGGUCCUCUCAUGGGAAUGACACUGCUGCUGUCCCAGCCACCACUGGGCAUCUCUUGUGUUGCCAACACUCUCUGCCCAGACUCAUUUUUAACUGGAAAUUGUCACAGAGGUGGGAUUCGAGAGCCCCAGACGGCACUGCCUUCCCCCACUUUAAUGUGAAUUUGACCGAUGAAUGAUGAGCAUUUCUAAUAAAGUGUGUCGUUCAGUC